CCCAGUCGUCCGUGACCAAUUGAGCAACAUUUGCAAGUGCACCUACGAGAGCAAGAAAAACUGGCGCGGCCAAUGUCGGCCUUCCCAGUGCAGUGUCUUGCACAGUAAGCUAUUGUGAAUGAGGUAGGUGUUGUCAUGGCGAGGAGCACGAGUCGCUAAGUACGUGGUGGGAGGCAAGCCCUCGGAUAAGGACGCUUGCCACACCUUCCAUGAAUAUUCCUUCCUGGUUCCACGGCACGCACGCAAUUCUUUUCUGGGACCCAAAGACGCUGUCCUAUUCUCUUUUUUGCAUCAUUCGCGGCACGGUCAUCCCCCACUAGCCCAGCAAGUCAGCUAGCGCGGCCUCCCUCUCACUCAAUACGCCGAAAAACUGCAAAGGCUCUCCAACAACACCACCACUCACUCAACAACUCGCCACCUGCAUACAGACCUUGCAGACCCGCCAAGAUGUCUGAGCCGAUCCGCAAUAAGAAGAUGGACUCCAUCUCCGCUCCCACCCCCCAGAACACACCCGCCAACGCUGCGCCCAUAUCGUCGCGUGCCCAGCAGCCUGGCGUAGGCACCAUCAAGGAAGAGGAGCUGGAGCGUGCCGCCGCCGGACUGUUCGCUGCCAACCCCGCCCUCGUCUCCAUGAUGCAGGCGAAGCUCAGCGGCCUGGUGGGCAAGUCAAGCGGCUAUGUCGAGUCGCUGCCCGUCUCAGUCCGCCGCCGCGUGGCUGGCCUCAAGGGCGUCCAGAAGGAGCACUCCAAGCUCGAGGCCCAAUUCCAGGAAGAGGUCCUGCAGCUCGAGAAGAAGUACUUUGCCAAGUUCACACCACUGUACCAGGCCCGCGCGAAGAUCGUCAACGGCGAGACAGAGCCCACAGAAGAGCAGGUCACGGUUGGCGAACAGAAGGACAAGGACGACGAGGAUGAGGACGACGAUGAGGAGACUCCCGAGCUCAACAAGGAAGAGGGCAAGGACGUCAAGGGUAUCCCAGAGUUCUGGUUGACCGCCUUGAAGACCCAGCCCGAGCUUGCCGAGAUGAUCACAGAUCGGGAUGAGGCGGCACUGAAGCACCUGGUCGACGUCCGUAUGGAGUAUCUCGACCGCCCCGGCUUCCGCCUGAUCUUUGAGUUCGAGCAGAACGAGUUCUUCUCUAACAAGUCCAUCUCAAAGACGUACUUCUACCAGGAAGAGAACGGCUACGGUGGCGACUACAUCUACGACCACGCCGAGGGCGAGAAGGUCGACUGGAAAUCAGGCAAGGACCUGACUGUUCGCAUCGAGAGCAAGAAGCAGAGGAACAAGAACACCAAGCAAACCCGAGUAGUCAAGAAGACCGUUCCUACAGACUCUUUCUUCAACUUCUUCGACCCACCGAAGCCCCCCCAGGACGAGGACGAUGCUACCAGUGAUAUUGAGGAACGCCUCGAACUGGACUACCAGCUUGGCGAGAUUAUCAAGGAGAAGUUCAUCCCUCAUGCCAUUGACUGGUUCACUGGCGAGGCCCUCCAGUACGAGAACUUUGACGAGUUCGACGAGGGCGACUUCGAAGAUGAGGAUGACGAGGACGAGGACGAGCUCAGCGACCGCGACGAGGAUGAGGAGUCUGAUGACGAGGACGAUGACACAAAACCCAAGCAGGAGACUACCGAGUGCAAGCAGAGUUAAAUGGCUCGAUGUGGCUGACAGAUAUCCUGCGAUUUGGGACAUUGGGCUUCUUCUUCCAAUCUACAUGCCGGCAUCAUGACGCAUUUUGGUGGUUACACGGUUCUCGUUAUAUGAUCCAACGAUUUCAUUAAUUCCUUACGACCCCUCGACGCCCUCACACCCCCAAUAUGUUUUCUCAGUAUGGCGUAACACUGCAUCAAAGGAGUUGGAGAUGGUUGGUUCGAGAUCUCUGGUCUAGCUAUCCAACCCAACUACUAUGGUCAAUCUUCCUCCACAACCAUCUGCCAUAGAUCAGGUUGCAACCAGGCACUCGCUAGUGUGACAGUACGGCAUACAGCAUUGUCUGACGCUAAGUGGGCUGUCCAGCGGUAUCCUAUGGUCGUGGAAAGAUGCGACGUGGUAUUUAGUGGUGUUCAGCAUAUUGUUUCUGUUAAGAGGCAAAAAUUUGGAGUUGGGAAUAUGGUAUGGGUGGUAUUCAAACAAUAUAGAUUAUGCAAUG